CGAACUUUGAAAAGGAUGAUCCAGAAGAAUUCCCCAAUCCAAUUUCACAGUACUUGUAGGAACUGAAAAUUUUUGACAGCUUCAAUUCACUCCUAGCAAGUCCCAAAUCAAACCCUAGAAACUGAAAUGCUUAUCCAAUCCGCCAUUUCACCCGCUCCGCAACACUUCCCACUUGCGUGGCACGGUUCCAUUGCCAUUCCAUCCAUUCGAACGCCCAAGCACCCUGCUUCCUGCUCGGUCCACGUCUAUGGAGCCGACCUGAAUAAGGAUCGGCUAAUACCAACAAGCCCCAAGUUCAGGCGCCACAAAUCCUUGCUUCAGAUACUUGGAAGGGAAACGAGAACUGGGUCAACCUUGAUUUCAACAGAUUUUGAGGACUUCUCAAGGGACCUUUCGAUUACCGAGGAUGUCAAAAAUGCAAAAAAAUCAUUAGUUUUACAUUCUUUACCAUGUGGAGCAAUCUUGUGGUUGGCAUCGGCCCAAGUGGUACAAGCUAGUGAAGAUGUCAAAAUGAAUGUGGUUUAUGAGAUUGGAGAGUUAUUUGAAUUGGGAAUCCAGCUAUCCUACCUGCUUUUGUUAUUGGGUUUGCUUGGAGUUGGAACCUUCUUUGUAAUUCGGCAAGUCCUUGUUCGCAGAGAACUUGACCUUUCUGCAAAAGAGUUGCAAGAGCAAGUGAGAAGUGGUGAUGCCAGUGCAACUGGACUUUUUGAACUUGGAGCUGUGAUGUUAAGGAGAAAAUUUUACCCCGCAGCUACAAAAUACUUGCUUCAGGCAAUCGAGAGAUGGGAUGGAGAUGAUCAAGAUCUUGCUCAAGUACACAACGCCCUUGGUGUGAGCUACGUCCGUGAUGGAAAACUUGAAAAGGGAAUCACCCAGUUUGAGACAGCCGUGAAGCUCCAACCUGGCUACGUCACUGCAUGGAACAACCUUGGAGACGCCUACGAGAAGAAGAAAGAACUGACGUCUGCUCUCAAGGCAUUUGAAGAAGUUCUGCUCUUUGAUCCCAACAAUAAGGUUGCACGGCCUCGACGAGAUGCAUUGAAGGAAAAAGUGCAGAUGUACAAAGGAGUUUCUGUCAAAUCAAAGCAAAGAUGAUCUAAACAAACCACUUGCACAUCUCGUAGACUGAUCUCGAGUCUUGUCCUUUAAUUCAUCUGGGAAAUCGCGCUUAAGUCGUUAGACUAUGGGAGCAAUUAUGCUGUAAAUUAUGCUGUAAUAUGGGAGCAAUAUUAGUCAUAUUGUGAUUCCCAACCAAAGGGAAGAAGAUUGUUUUCUUUGUGACGGCCGACGAAGGAAUAGGGGACUGUUUUUGAUUGACUUGGCUCAUAAUAGAGGCUUUUGAUCUGAUUUGAUUUGGUUUUCGGCAUUUUGUGUAGAAAGUAUAAAGUGUUCUGACGAAAUUUGGUUCGGAUGGAAUGGCAGAUUCUUCAGUCAACCACUUCCCGUCAUGGCAUGUGUCAUUCUUUUGUUAAAAUCCAAACAAAUGCUAUAAUAAUACGACAUUGAUGAUAGUUUUUA